AUGGAGACACCGCCACCAACUCCAGAGUUCGACGCCACCAAACCCAACGGCGGCAACCCAGACGCUGAAAAUGUCAACCUCCAAUACACUGGUUUGGAGUUCCACUACAUUUACCUAAUGAUCAUGGCCUUUUUGGUGUUUUUGAUCAUCCCCGGUAUCGGCUUUUUGUACUCGGGACUUGCUCGUCGCAAGUCGGCGUUGUCCAUGUUGUUCCAGUCGUUUGCUGUUAUGGGAGUUGUCACCUUCCAGUGGAUGUUCUGGGGAUACUCUCUUGCGUACUCUCGUACGGGUAAUGCCUUCAUUGGUAAUCUUGACAAUUUCGGUCUGAAGAAUGUCAUGGCCGCGCCGUCGCCUGGUUCGGCGUUUUUGCCUGAGAUUGUAUUCUGCUUGUACCAGAUGUUGUUCUGUGCUUGCACAGUCCAGCUUGUUAUCGGCGGUUCUUUUGAGCGUGGUCGCAUCUUACCAUCCAUGGUCUUUGCCUUCCUCUGGGCAACUAUUGUAUACUGUCCGAUCGCUAACUGGACAUGGAACGCAAACGGAUGGCUCUUCAACCUCCCCUCCCUCGACUUCGCUGGUGGCGGCCCCGUCCACAUCGCAUCAGGCUGGUCCGCCCUAGCCUACGCCAUGGUCCUCGGCAAGCGCCUCCACAAAGGCGACAAGAUCCACGGCAAAGCGCACAACCCCACACUCGUCUUCAUCGGCACCGUCUUCAUCUGGUUCGGCUGGUUCGGUUUCAACGGCGGCAGCGCCCUCAACGGAACCGUCCGUUCCAUGCUCGCAGCCUUCAACACCAACACAGCCGCCUCCUUCGGUGUCCUCGGCUGGGUCUCCGUCGAAUACGUCCGCACAAAAGGCCACUUCUCCGUCGUAGGCGCCUGCUCCGGCGCCAUCGCCGGUCUCGUCGGCAUCACGCCAGCCGCGGGCUACGUAUCCCUUUGGAUCGCGGCGCUCAUCGGUUUCCUGACCGCGGCAAUAUGCUCGCUCUGCCAAAACGUUGACCGCUGGAUCAAAAUCGACGAAGGCAUGGACGUCUUCAAACUCCACGGUAUCGGCGGUAUGGUCGGAUCUUUCCUCACCGGUAUCUUUGGCCAAGCUUGGAUCUACGACCUCGAUGGUAUGGGUCCUUAUGACGGUCUCGGUGGCAUGGACGGUGUUGGUGUGCAGAUUGGUCGUCAGCUAGCGGAGAUUACGGCCAUCGCUUCUUACUCCUUCGUUGUAUCAUGUAUUUUGCUUUACGCACUCAAGUAUAUUCCGGGCAUGCAUUUGCGUGUUACGUCGGAGGCUGAGAUGAUGGGUCUGGAUCUCGAUCAGUUUGGGGACGAGCAGAUUGGCGAUUGGAGUCUCAUGGAGCAGAAUCAUUAUCAGGCUAGUGCUAGUAGUUCUAGUAGUCAUAAUGUGGGGACUGCAGUGCCGGUGGGGACCAAGUAG